GAAGCUUCACACUCAGUUUAGCUGCUCAAGAUACCAAUCGGGCGCUUGUCCAACCCAAGAGACGCAACGCUUUAACAAAAAGUCGCUUUGUCCUCCUCCAAGUUCGCAUUCCAAAUGUAAUCGGGAUUCGACACCGCGAACGAUGAAUGGCAUGAGAAUCACGUAGAGAAUAUGGUUUUGAUUCCUCGGUAAGCCUGCACUAUCGAUGGCGGCGGCAGGAAAAGCAGCUCCAGCUGCUGGAAAGCCUGCCGCAGUCCCAGCUGCAGGGAAGGCGACGGGCAGCGCUCCGGCGGCAGCGAAGACUGGUGCGUCGCAGGGAUCCAAAUCUCCCACGGACUCGUCCAAAUCCGUGACCGCAAGCUCUGGAUCGGGAUCGGCAGGCUCCGCGGGGGCGAAGAAACCAUCUCUGAAGGCGGGAGACCCAGCUGCUGCUCUAGUCGUGCUGGGACCAGAUGGGCUUCCAGUAGAUCCAGCUUCACUGCCGCCUGUCGAAGAGGCUCCUCCUCCUCCUCCCCCGAAGCCAUAUCUCGGUACGCCGCCGCCUCGCUGGCUGCGGCCUCCAUGGGAGAAAGCUCCACGCGAUGUGGGGCCCUUGCCGCCCCGGUUCGUUCCUUACAGCCGAAGGCUGCUGGAGGUCACGAACUUGAGACUCCCGCCGCAGAUCGAAUUUCAGGACGCCAUGGGCGUGCGCACCAUGAUCAAGCUCAAGAAGACUUACCCCCGACUCAUAAGAUUGCACAUUGGACGCGUCGGAGUGACGUUCGAGAAGCAUGCCGGCCCUGUGCAGAUCUUUUUGGAAGUCCUCUGCCAGGAUCUUCCAGAGUUUCCAGAGCUGAUUAACAAGCCCCAGUUCUCGACGUGCAAUUUCUAUCCCAUGAGAUAGCCGGAUGCUCGAUGAUAUGUAACCAGCGAGUGCUCCCAAUCCGAAGACUGCGAGGGAGAAUGUAGAUGGCCGCUGACCUGCAGGUUCAUCGAUUGGGGCACUUUGAUGAGAUCGAUGCCACGAAAGCGCCAAAACAAAUCAGUUUCGAUACCAUCCCAGCUCGACGUCAGUGCCAGGGCGACCUUGACUAUACCCAGAGCUCUAUAAGUAGUAAUGUGGGUCAAAUUUGAUCGUAUGGAGCUCGGAGGUUAGAUCAGAAACCCAUUUUGAGGCAAUCGUAGAAUGUGAGAAAGGAAGUAUGGCAAUGUACUACAGUUGCCGUCUUUCCUUCCGAGAAAAUUGGUGAGCCCUGUGAUCGAUAUCAACAGCACUGCAAACAUUUCCACCGACAACCUGUUUGAGAAAAGCAUAAAGCGGUUCAAUGUUUGAGGAUCCUUCCAACACGGAUGCUUCCUGCCUUGAUGGGAUCGGAGCAUGGUACGCAAGGUCUGCAAGGAGAUUCACUUACUCAGAGUGAGCGUGGACCGCAGUUAUGUGCGUUAUCCACCUAAACAUAAUUUUAGAUUGUGACACCAAUCAGGUACAUAAAUGUGUACCAAAUUACACACUUUGCUUGCGAUGCAAUUAAAAGUAAGGACGUCAGUGAGAACACAACGACUUCUAGAUGUCCUUUUAUUCAAAUGAAGGAGAUCGCUCACAAAAAUCUGAACUUCUACAAAGAAAGAUCUGAUCUCUACCGAACGACUGCCGACAGCAUUUAUCGGUAUGCCAGCUAUGAGUUCGAUCCUGGCUUUCAGAAUCGUAGUCUAAGGGACAUAAUAUCUGCAGGAUGUAUCUGGGCAGACAAACUCAGAAUGAGCUACCUGGCCUCAAAGUUAUUGGACUUCUAUAUGACAUCAUGGUUAAGAUUCCAUUUGGUUCUCACAACGUACAGCUCACAGCUUCCAAAUCUCGUCUUCUGAGAAACGUCCAUGGCAGAAAUGUGAUUUGAGUCAUCGAGUCCGACAUCAUAGAUUCUCCUGAAGGCAUGUCAAUCUAGCUGCGAACGAAAAGGGGCUGGAGAUCAUCGUCUUGGGCCAUUCAUCUUGUAACAGUCGGCCGCAUGGUUCUUGUGAUUUUCAGAGAACGCAGAGCAGCAGUGUCUUUUCCUCUGAUUGAUGAACCAGUUAUUGAUCUGAUCAAUCUCAAGGCCCGAGCACUUGGCCAGAAUUUGUUUCUCCUCCUCCUGAAUUUUCACGUAGCUGUCAUUAUAUGCUUUGUGACUUCAGUAAAUAUGCAUUAGUAAAACGAGCAAGCAAACUUGGGGAAUUUAGUUUGGUUUUCUUCACGAUGUGAAGUAAUUUGCAGCCUUGGAAGGCUUCAAAUUAUACUGGCCACAUCACAGAUGAAAUGAUCGCAAUUCGGUAAUCAGACCCAGAAGAUAAGAAAUAAGCACUCAGCUGCAACCAGAUAGGCACGACUCUUGCCGAGCAGCUGGACAGCUCAAACAAUGUGGAAAAAGCCUGGACGUUGAAAGUGCAUCGGGGAACCAAAAGGAAAUAAUUACUUACCGACGGGUAAGGCUUCCCCUGAUGUUCGGUCCACCAAUUGAGCAAAAUACGUCGAGCCGGAUCGGGCAGCUUCAGGUUUCUGCGGCCUUCUUUCAGAUGCCUCGUUUUCAAGGUCCUGAGAAGACUUGGAUUAUAUGCAGCUAAGAUUGCUCCUCUCCAUUCUUGAUCUGUCAACAUGGGGAGGGCAGAUCGCUGGGGCCUGUCUUUUGCUUUUUCAUGGUCUUGAAUUAUCUUCUCCAUUUCUUCAGUGAAAAGCUCACUUUGCCCACCACUGACCGAAUCACUUUCGCUCUGCUUUGAAACAUCACCUGUGUUGAUGCAUCAGUUAGUGACUGUCAGUCUUCUAGAAGCUCGUCCUAGUGUCUGUUGUGCGCUUACCACAUGGAAAAGAAAGUAAGUUUCAGAGCUCAUCCAACGCAGGCAGCCAGCAAUCGUCUCAACCUAGUGACCUUAGUAAGACAUGAUCAAGACCUACUAGCUUUUCGAACCCAACAGCAGAAGAUGAUUUUACUCACUCAAAUUCCCGCAAGACGACCACAUAUACCAAGUAAUUGACAUUCA